AUUAAAUAGGUUACAAUUUUACUGAUAAUGUGAAAGAAUAUAAAAACUUGAUUUCCUCAACAACAUUACUUUCUUUUGUAAAUGUGGUUUCUAAAAAGAUGAAACAAUUAAAACUUACAGGUUUUAUUUUUUUCUUGUUUUUUUUGACUGAAUCCCUAAUGCUGCCCACAGAACUUCAGGAUCUAGAUAACUUCAAUAUCACUCAGAAAUUUAUAGAAGAGAAUGUUGAAUACAUCACCAUCAUUACCUUUGCUCAGUAUGUUCAGGAAGCACCCUUUGAAGAAAUGGAAAAGCUGGUUAAAGACAUGGUAGAAUACAAAGACAGCUGUAUGGCUAACAGCAUGCUCCCAAAGUGUUCAAAAUUACCUAAUAAUGUUUUACAGGAAGCAAUAUGUGCUAUGGAGGGGCUACCACAAAAGCAUAAUUUUUCACACUGCUGCAGUAAGGCUGAUGCUGAAAGAAGACUCUGUUUUCUCUAUAACAAGAAAGCUGAUGUGGGAUUUCUGCCUCCUUUCCCUACCCUGGAUCCUGAAGAGAAAUGCCAGGCUUUUAAAAAUAACAAAGAAUCCUUUCUAAAUCACUUUGUGUAUGAAGUUGCCAGAAGGAACCCGUUUGUCUUCGCCCCUACACUUCUAACUGUUGCUGCUCAUUUUGGGGAUGUGGCUAAAUCAUGUUGUGAAGAACAAAACAAAGUCAACUGCUUUCAAACAAGAACAGUACCUGUCAUGCAAUAUUUAAAAGCAUUUUCUUCUUAUCAAAACAAUGCCUGUGGGGCACUUUUGAAAUUUGGAACCAAAAUCAUUAACUCUAUAAAUAUUGCGAUACUCAGUCAAAAAUUCCCCAAGAUUGAAUUUAAGGAGCUUAUUUCUCUCAUAGAAGAUGUUUCUUCCAACUAUGAUGAAUGCUGUGAAGGGGAUGUUGUGCAUUGCAUCCGUCACAUGAGCAAGAUUAUGAACCAUAUUUGUUCAAAGCAAGAUGCUCUCUCCAGUAAAAUCAAAGGGUGCUGUGAAAAGAAAAUACCAGAGCGUGACCAGUGCAUAAUUAACUCGAGUAAAGAUGAUAGACCAAAGGAUUUAUCUCCAAGAGAAGCAAAAUUUACUGACAGUGAAAAUGUGUGUCAAGAACGAGAUGCUGACCCGGACACCUUCUUUGCUGAGUUUAAUUUUGAAUACUCGAGGAGACAUCCAGACUUGUCUAUAUCACAGCUUUUAAGAGUUGUUCAAAUAUAUAAAGAUCUCCUGAGAAAUUGCUGCAACACAGAAAACCCCCCAGAUUGUUACCAUUAUGCGGAAGACAAAUUCAAUGAGGCAACUGAGAAAAGCCUUAAGAAGAUACAACAAGAAUGUAAACAUUCCCAGAAUUUGGGGAAGGAUGGUUUGAAAUACCAUUACCUUAUUAGACUCACAAAGAUAGCUCCUCAGCUCUCCACUGAAGAACUGGUCUCUCUUGGAAAGAAAAUGGUGACAGUUUUCACUACUUGCUGCACACUAAGUGAAGAGUUUGCCUGUGUUGAAAAUUUGGCAGAUUUAGUUCUUGGAGAGUUAUGUGGAGUAAAUGAAAAUCGAACUAUCAACCCUGCUGUGGACCACUGUUGUAAAUCAAACUUUGCCUUCAGAGGGCCCUGCUUUGAGAGUUUGACAGCUCAUAAAACAUAUGUGCCUCCACCUUUCUCUCAAGAUUUAUUUACCUUUCACACAGACAUGUGUCAAUCUCAGAAUGAGGAGCUUCAGAAGAAGACAGACAGGUUUCUUGUCAACAUAGUGAAGCUGAAGUAUGAAGUCGCAAAUGAGGAGCUGCAGUCUUUGUUAACAAAUUUCGGAAAUGCAGUGGAGAAGUGCUGCAAAGCAGAGGAGGAUGAAGAGAAGUUGGUCUGCUUUAAUAAAGAGAGUCCAAAAAUUGUCACCUGAAGCCAGAUGCAUGAAAUAUCUAAAGUAAAAAGCUCCAAAGGUACAGUUAUGAAAUAUCUAGAAGUCAUCCAUUCUUGUAUAGACUCACUCUGCUGACAUGUUUACUUGCUAGGAAACAGCUGUUUGGUCUUGUUGCUAAGAAGAAAAGAAGACAGAAUGCCUCUAGAUAAAGGAAUACUAUUCCUAUGUCAACUUGCUAUGCAAAGUGUGGACUGUGGACCAGAAGCAUGUGCAUCAUCUGGCAGCUUGUUGGAAAUGCAGAAUCUGAAGCCUUUCUCUAGACUACUAAAUAGACUUAACAUUAACAGUGUACCUGGACAAGUUAUAUGGUCAUUAAAAUUUGAGAAAUAUGAUCUAGCAUAGAUAUUACUUCAUAAUAAUGGUUCAGUGUUUCAGUUACUAUUGCUACAUAGCAAAACAUUCCAAAAUUUUGUGACUUAAAAUGACAACUACCAUUUUAUUGUGAGGAAUUCAUGAAAGGCUCCUUUGGGUGUUUGGCUUAUGAUUUUUCAUAUGGCUGCAGUCAGACAAUGUCUGGAUCUGGGACUCUGGAAGAUUGAAGCACCUGGGCACUAGUCUGACAUCUUUUUUCCUUCUUGUAUAAUUCAAAGCCUCUCUAUGUAAUCUUUCUGUUAGACUAGUUUGGUCUUUCUCACAGCCUAUUAGCCUGAGGUCAUUCAGACUGUUUACACAUGGCCAAUGGCUUCAAAAAGGAGUACUCAAGUGGAUGGAGCACAAGUUGCUUUUUUUUUUUGAUGUAGCCUCAGAAGUCACUUCUGCCAUGCUCUAUUGGUUGAAACAUAGUAAAACAUCAUCAAUUUGAGGGAGACAGUAUAUGCAUCUUUCCUCUUCAUGGGAGAACUGUCAAAGUCUCAUUGUAAGAAGAGCAUAGGAGACAUUGUUGUAGCCACCUUUGGAAAAUACAACUGAUGCACUUAAUAUUUAUCACUAUUGCCUUUACUCCUUUAUUGUGUAGAUGUAAAUCAGUGAUUAGUUCUAGGCUAAAAGUACGUUUUGGCAUGCUCAAUAGCCAUCUUUACUUUACAGGAGGAGGUAAGGUGCCAGGUAGGUUUCCCAAAAGGCAUGCUGAAAAUUACUAGGAGUUUGAUAAGGAUUCUGAUGAAUUCCUCAAGGCUAAAUGCAGUGCUAAAUUUUUUCCUUAUCAUCUUCUUUGGUCUUCUCAGAAAUCAUCUCAUCUUCCUCCAAAGCCCAUUAGAAUAUUGCCUAUAUAAAAAAUUGAGUUCUUCUUAUCAUAAAUUAAAUAUUGUAUCUAAAGAGUGUCUGGAAUAUGUAACAUACUCGAUGAUUGUAGGUGUUUUCAUUAAAGCUCUUUAUAUAUA